CCUCUUCUGAGAGCUUUAGGAGGAAUUCUGCUUAGUCACUUAUUAAAAUAAUACAACUGAAAAAAUACCAGAGUCCUCCGUAAGUUUCUGUUCCCCAGAGUGUCCACUGAUUCUGAGGAACUCCGCCCCCUGAGUUUAUCACCUCCAACUCUCUAAAACAGAGCAGACCUCCUCCUUCACUCCACUGCUGGAGAACCUCCAACACCAGAGACCGACAUGACCCUGAACGAGCUGUCGCAGCUUCGUGACUCUGAGUUCGGGCGUCCCAGUCCACGGCACGGACUCAACCUCCUGUACUGGUUCGCCCAAGAUUUCGUCACCUUCAGUGAUGGCCUAAUGAUCCCGAAAGAGAACCCCAGCACCAACGCCUACGGGUUCCAUCGGUUCUACAACUUUGACGAUGACGAUGACGAUGACAAUGACCAUGACCAUGUCAAUGCCCUCCUGCCCAAGCAGAAACUUCCGUACUAUGAUGUGGGCAACCUCAACGCCCCCGGAGCAGAAAAGCUGCCCUCGUACGUCAGGAAGAAUUACAACCACCGUGUGCCCAAAAGCAACAUGGAUCGGAUCAUGGUGCGUCUGAACGGCAACUUCCUGGAGAGGGUCUACAUCACCCAACACGUUAACAAGAAAUGUUUUGGCCACACCUACCGGAUCAGCCAGGGCCUACUCAUGAAUAUCAAGAACAUGAGCCUGGAGGAAUUCCUCAAGAAGAUGCAGCCUCCUCAGAUCCAGUAUCAGAACCAAUCCUACCUACAGGCUGGCUACAGUCAGAGCGCCUACGUCCAGACGGAGCCAAGUAACGACUCUUGGUGUGUCAUUCUUUAAGCAGAUUCAGAAACGAGGUGGUUUUGAUUCGCUCAUUUUUAUCUUCUCCUUACCUUUGUUAAAUAAUUCAAAUCAGUCAUGAAGUCGCUGUGCUUUUUACAAUUGUUAUUAAUCAAAUAAACCAUUAUAUUUGUUAUUCCACUAAAGCAAAAAAAUGAAUAAAGCUCUUAAUUAAUCUUC